AAGCUGUUCAAAUAAAUCAAAACAAAAAAGAGGGAAAAAAGGCCGCAUAAACCUCGGCGACAAAGAGCCGGUCUUUAGUAAAGUUAGAACUAUUGCGGCUAUCUUAUCUUAGCAGUAUGGAGGGCUGUUCUGCCGUGCCGGAUCGCGAACGAAAGGUGGCGCUGAUAACGGGGAUAACCGGUCAAGAUGGUUCCUAUUUGGCAGAGUUCCUACUCGAUAAAGGCUACCAAGUGCAUGGCAUCAUCCGACGGGCGAGCACAUUCAACACCUCGCGGAUCGAGCAUCUCUAUGCGGACCCCCAAACGCACCGAGAAGGCAAAAUGAAGCUGCACUACGGGGACAUGACCGACAGUAGCGCCCUGGUGAAGAUCAUCGCAGCAGUGCGGCCCACGGAAAUCUACAAUUUGGCCGCACAGAGCCACGUGAAGAUUUCUUUCGAUCUCAGCGAGUACACGGCGGAAGUGGAUGCCGUCGGUACGUUGCGGCUGCUGGAUGCCAUUCGAACGGUGGGGCUGGAGAAAGCGGUACGCUUCUACCAAGCAUCCACCUCCGAGCUGUACGGCAAAGUGGUCGAGACGCCCCAGAACGAGAAAACUCCCUUCUAUCCCCGCUCCCCGUAUGCAUGUGCCAAGAUGUACGGAUACUGGAUCGUGAUCAAUUACCGCGAGGCGUACGAUAUGUUUGCCUGCAACGGGAUUCUCUUCAACCAUGAAUCGCCCCGACGCGGAGAGAAUUUUGUGACCCGUAAGAUCACUCGUUCGGUCGCGAAGAUAUCGCUCGGGCAGCAGGAAUGCGUCGAGCUGGGUAAUCUCGAUUCCAAGCGAGACUGGGGUCACGCGAAGGACUAUGUGGAGGCGAUGUGGCUGAUGAUGCAGCAGGAGAAACCGGAAGACUUUGUCAUUGCCACCGGCGAGACACAUUCGGUGCGCGAGUUCGUGGAGAAGUCUUUCGAGUAUAUUGGCCGGACGAUCGAGUGGCGCGGAACGGGCGUGGAUGAGGUUGGCGUCGAGAAGGGCACGGAAACGGUACGUGUGCGCAUCAAUCCCAAAUUUUUCCGACCAACGGAGGUCGAUUUGCUGCUUGGCGAUGCCAGCAAGGCGAAGCAACAGUUGGGCUGGGCGCCCAAGGUUACAUUCCUACAGCUGAUCGCUGACAUGAUGGCGGCCGAUAUUGAGCUGAUGAAGAAUAAUCCCAAGGCCUAAAAGCCGCCAAGGUGUAUGCCAUUCCUAUUCCAACGCUUCGUACGGUCAGUAUUUGAUAGAAACUCGGCCUAUAGCUAGGAUGAGAGUACUACGGGUUUUGCCAUUUGCUAUGUGUAUCUCAGCUCUAUCAGCCGAUCGUGCGACCAGAUUUUAGAAUUCAAAAACCAAACAACCAAGCACGAUAUCAAAACUAGCUCAGAAAGGGAUUCCAAAAGAAAUAAAUGUAAGGGAAAAGUGCUCGCGCAAAACUUUAACCUAAGCCUACUAAAUACUAAAAAAGAAGUGUGAUCAAUUGG